AUGAAUAUUUCGGCCAAAUCUGACUCGGGUGUUUCACUUGUUUGUGAAGCAUGUGGUCAUCUUCAAUUUCCAAACUACUUUUCAUUUUUAGAUCAUCACUUUUUUCAUGUCAGGCAACCUGUUGUUAGCCUUGUAAAGCUCAGCUCAACUUUACUUACAAAGCUUCAGCAGAAAAGUUAUAAAAUUAAUAGUGGUGUUGCUAGAAGAUCGAAAAAUUUCAGUCAUGUUCCUCCUUUAAAAAUAUCUGUGGUCAAACAGCAAGGAGCCAAACACUUUCAAGUUAUACAAAAAGAGAAAAACAAAACGCCUAAAAUUGAAUUUGAAAGUAAUGGAGAAAACGCAUGCAAAAAAGAUGAAAGUCGAGAAAAUAGUGGAAUAACAGAAGUGGAGGAAACAAGCCUUUUACAGCGCUUCGGCGCCAAUGUUUCUGUUAGUCGUAAAAGGCAAACCUUUUCUCAGGCAUUAACCAAAUCCAACUUACAUGGACAGGAAAACGAAAAGGAAGAAUUAGAUUUUUCCGAAUUGAAAAUCGAUGAUCAAAAAGGAAUACUUUUUGACCGUUUGAGCGGAACCGUACCUAAAACCAAGAAUAAUUUAAAUGAAAAUUUAGAAACGAAUCAGUCGACAGGAGACACAUCACCCAUUUCGACCAAAAAGAAAAAACCGUUAAAUUUGAUACACUUGAAAAAAUUGAAAAAUCAAGAGUAUGAAUUUUCCAUUAAUGGUAAAACUAAAGAGAAUACAAUUGUUAAUUUUCUACCAGAAAAUGGUAAAAAAGUAUCAAAAAGUAAACGUUCAAAAUCUUUAGAUAAUCACGAUGAUGUAGAAAUGAAAAAUAGUUGCAUAAAUCAAUUUUGUCAAGUGAAAUAUGAUGAUGAGGAUAAUAGUGUGCAAGUGUGCAAUGAAAAUAAUUCUCUUUAUUGUGACCAAAAAAAGGUUGUGAAGAAAGUGAAAAGUUUAUACCGGGAAAAGAAAAACAAUAGGUUUUCCAAGAGAAAUUCAUUAGACGAAACAAGUUUAGGAGGGAAAAAUUUGGCAUUAAAAGAACAACCUGAUGAAGAAGAAAACGUUUCCAGAGAGACCGGAAUUGAUAUUCUAGAAAGAUUGACGAAAAAUUUAAAUAACGCAGUCAGAGAAGAAAAUUCCGCCAAUAUUGAACAAAGGGAAAAUUUAAAUUUUUUAAAAAAAAUGGGGGAACCCAAAAUAGGGUCUAAUUCGUGUGAUUUUGAAGACAAGCAAUCGAAUUUACCUGCUUUUCAAUCUGAAGGGAAAAAUGGAAGCAAAGAAGGAAAAUGUCGCAUCAAUAAUGAAAUACCUUCGUCCGUGUCAUCAUCAUCAUCAUCAUGUGUAAAUUUAAAUGGCGAAAAUGAUAACAUCGAUUAUAAUAAUAUGAAUUCAAAUUCCGAUGAAAAUGAAUCUUUUAUACAGUCGGAAAAUAUUUGUGAAAAAAACACCCCGAAUCCUCCUGAAAAUGGAGCCUUUUCCAAUUUGAGUAACGAAGACGAAAGCUUACAUCAAGAAGAACAGCCAAAUUUAUUUUGGCCAAAUAAUCUCGAUGGAGGACAACAACAACAACAACAGAAUGCGAUGAUGACGGAAGAAAAUUCAACACAAGAUGGCGAAACGACAAGUUCUAACUUUUUACACAAUUUUUUGAGCGAUCAUCAAUCGCAAGAAAAUUCCGAAUUCAUAUCAUUGGAUCGACUGGGACAAAGUGAGUUAAAAGCUCAACCUUACGAUUUAAAUAGUAACGAUAUGCAUGCACCCGUGGAACAAUUGUCACAGCAAGUUCAAAGGAUACCAAAUCCUCCUUCUCAAGUAAACGUCAUAUCACAACAUCACUUGCAAUCUUCCCAACAACAAUCUCAACAUCACGGAGGUGUUUCACUCUCUCCUCAACACAUAUCACCUCAGCAGCAAAACUCUUACGAUGCGUUAGGACACAUGCAAACGGCGAUUCCGCCGCCGCCACUUUAUCAAGCUUUUAAUAUUUACAAUCAAAAUUAUUCGCCGCAGGCAAUUCAACAAAUGCCCAGACCGCCCAUGUUGCAACCCCGACCACAAAUUCAAGGAAAACCUUUUCAGCCUUUAGGAGUACCACGUCAAAGAGGAAGAGGUGUCAAAAGAAAUGUUGCAAGACUGUCUUCAUCGCAAGAAAUGUCACCGCCUAAACACAAACGACGUAUGGAUCCGCCUUUGCAGGUGCCAAAUAGCAUAACCGUAACUCAUCAUAAAAAUCCGGUUGAAGCGAGUAAAGUGGCUGACGUACUUGCAUCCCGAGUGAAAAAUAGUUAUGCGAUAUAUUCUUUAUCAGGGAUCACUGUCACUCCGGCCGUUGGACGUCAAACCAAUCAAGGAUCCAGAUCUCAACCGAAAAAUACGAGUCAAUCCCCUGUACUCAAUAUUGGCUCCGGUGUAUCCAUAACUUCAGCUAGCCAGUGUAAAAAUUCUGGAAAUUUUGCCGUGCCUGGACCCAGGCGUAAUUCUUUAAUUGUCAAUCAUAACGUCGAGAGACCAGAACGAUGCACGACAGUAGAUUUGACAAAAGAUGACGAUUUUCCCAAAGUAGUUCCUCGUACGAAUUCUAAUGUGAAACCAGGUCGAUUUAAUUGCAAGCAGUGCGGAAAACAUUACACGACGUCAACAGCUUUAGAAAGUCAUAAAGCGACUCAUCGGUCCUCAUUACCUUUCAGGUGCAAUAAAUGCACGGCUCAAUAUCAGACUUCAGCUCAAUUACAACAGCACAAAAACAGUUCGCACAAAGUCAAGCAAUCAUCUCCCGAUUUAGCAAUUCCAAUAGUGGAUCUCAAUAAUCCCGGGUCGCGAGAUCAAUUGUUAAAAUGUGGGAUUUUCAAUUUUAUACCACUUUCUCAACUUCAGAGUAACAACGGGGGAUAUUUUGGUGUUCCGAUCAUUCAGUUAGAUACGGCCAAAGAAAAAGUUUUUUCAAGUUUAAGUUCUCUCGGAGCGGGGAACAUAUUCGUUUUGGGAAAAAUGAAAGCACUCACUCCGCAAUACAGCAAAUAA